CCUCUUGGAAAGUGACAUGAAGUUAGGAUCGCAGCUGUCGACGGCGCCGGGCGGAGGAUUCGAGGUUCCCUGUGCGCGGGGUGGGGAGGCGUAAGGAAGGGGAGCCCAAAACACGAGGCAGGAAUCGAGAGAUCCCCCCGCGAUCCCUCGGUACGGGGCGGGUGGGAGGGAGAGGCAGGACUCCUGGGAUCCUAGUGGUUCGAGCACAGAGCCUGGAAGUCAAAGUCCUGGCAGAGGGAAAUGGGCAUAUUGAGACAGGGUGUAAGGGGAGUGCUGCCUAGUGGCUAUAGCAAGGGGGUUGUAUAUACGUGCAUGUGCCUGGCGCUGGAAGGGACUGGGAAGGGAGUUAGGGUGUAACUGGGUGGAUAGAUUUGCGGGGGGGGGGGUAGAUAAUCCUGUGUACUCUAGAGAAAAUUUAGGGACAGGAAGAAUCGGGUCCUGGCUGCUCAGAGAGAGCGCUGAGUAGUGUCAGUAGUAGCUUAGAACAGUGGCUGGACUCCUGGGUUCUGGGAUCAGGGAGCCGAAGUGGGGCAAGAGAUUUUGUGCUUAAUAAGGUGGGAUCUGGUGGGUUAGAGGAGGAGGAGGAUCAAGGAGCCAGGAAACCCCUGGGGUGUCUGGAGGCUGGAGAGGGCAGUGGUUAGAGCAGGUUAUGAUGGAUGACCCUGAGGAGAUAUUUGGAGGAGAUGGAGACCCCAACCCUGCUCCUUAUGAGGAGCUGGUGUCUGCGAUGGCUGGCGGAUUGUAUGGGGAACUGGAGCGGCUUGUAGGGGCCCAUGGGCCUGGUGCGGUUUCAGGACUCCUGCCGCAACUGGUUUCUGUCCUGGAGUCGCUGCAAGGGGCUUGUGGGCAAGUGCGAGAGCGGGACCAGGCGCUGGAACGCUUGCGGGAUGACCGGCUGAGGCUGCUGGAGCAGUAUGAGCGGGAGCGAUCUGGGCGCAAGCGGGCAGAGGAGGUUGGUACCGCUUUCUUUCUACUUGUUUUGCUACCGCUAUUAUUUUUAAAUGUUUGUUUAGGCUGUGUACACCCUAUACAGUGGUACCUCAGGUUAAGUACAGUACUUAAUUCGUUCCAGAGGUCCGUACUUAACCUGAAACUGUUCUUAACCUGAAGCACCACUUUAGCUAAUGGGGCGUCCUGCUGCCGUCGCGCCGCCAGAGCACGAUUUCUGUUCUCAUCCUGAAGCAAAGUUCUUAACCAGAAGCACUAUUUCUGGGUUAGCGGACUCUGUAACCUUAAGCGUAUGUAACCUGAAGCGUAUGUAACCCAAGGUACCACUGUACAUUUAAUGCGCAUUCCAGACCCCCCCCCAAAAAAACACACUGGGAACUGUAGUUUGUUAAGAAUGCUGGGAACUGUAGCUCUGUGGUGGGUAAACUACAGUUCCCAGGAGUCUUUGGGGGGGAGGGAGAUGCUUUAAAUAUAUGUUGUGUAUGCAGCCUUAGUCUCGGCUGUGUGUUGUGCAUGUCAGAGAUGGGUGACAGUCUUGGGCCAAAGGUUUUACAACACUGGUUGGCAACUACCAGAUUUGGCUGGCACACCAAUCUGAGCCAAAACACGGUGAGUGAAGGCGGGGGUCAUAUUCCCUACCUUCUCACGCUUAGCAAAUCUAGUAUUAGUUUCUCCAAUAUCGUGCUUGACCAGGCUGGUGCUUUUUAGCAGACAGCACUUUUGCUACAGAACUAGCAGCAACGGAGAAGGAUUUUCUCUCUAUGUGGUGCCACUCUUGUGAAUGUACUUUUCUCUAGAGGUCUUGGUGUUAUAUGGAACCAAGAAACAUCCAGCUAACAGAAAUAGAAAGAAAUAAUCUAGGCUCAAGUUGCAAGCAGGGGAGGUUGGCAGUUUCUGUCCCCGGUUGCUAAUCCCCGGCAUCCGCUAAUGGAAGGGCAAUUGUAUUAUGAAACUGAAAGUGUUCUUCUGUGUAUCACGGGCAGUAGGUACCAAUGGGCCCCAUCCUUCAUGUAGUCAUCUAAACUAUAUAUAUAUUUACCAUUGUUUAUGUGAGCUGCCAUUGCAGUAUCUUGUGGCAAGGCAUUCCAUGGGCUGGUUAUAGUUGCUAUCAGGAAGUACUUAAUUUGCUUCUUCUUAAGCCUGUGGCCUGUCAGUUUCAGGGGAUGCCCCUGAGCUUUCAUGCUCUAAUAGAGAAGGAACAGGAGGAAAUUAUUCAUCCUUUGUGCAUCAGUUAAGAUUGUACAUUACCACCACCUUUCCAUUUAGCCUCUGCAAAGUGUCAAAGUAUUACCAGUCUGCAAGCUUUCUUGAUAAGGAAAAUGAUCCUUGUGCUUUCCGUCUAUUUCAUUCUGAGUGUAAGGAAUGGGUGCAUUGCAGGGGUCUGAUGAUUCUUAGGGUCCCUCCCCACGCUACAAUUCUACGACUCUAUGAGCUCAACUGCCCAUUUUAGCAUGUUGAGACUUGGAGUGGAUAGCACAGGGCUGAUGGAGCUGCCGAUGAAAGAGACCUAAGGCUGUAUAUACACACACCACACAUUCAAAGCAACCCCCCCAUAAAGAAUAAUGGAAACUGCUUUCUUAAGGGUGCUGGGAAUUGUAGGGAUGCGGGUGGCGCUGUGGGUCAAAGGACUUGCCGAUCAGAAGCUCGGCAGUUCGAAUCCCCGCAACGGGGUGAGCUCCCGUUGCUCGGUCCAUGCUCCUGCCCACCUAGCAGUUCGAAAGAACGUCAAAGUGCAAGUAGAUAAAUAGGUACCGCUCUGGCGGGAAGGUAAACUGCGUUUCCGUGCGCUGCUCUGGUUCGCCAGAAGCGGCUUAGUCCUGCUGGCCACAUGACCCGGAAGCUGUACGCCGGCUCCCUCGGCCUGUAAAGCGAGAUGAGCGCCGCAACCCCAGAGUCGUCCGCGACUGAACUUAACGGUCAGGGGUCCCUUUACCUUUAAGGGGUAAACUGCAAUUCCUAGGAUUCUUUUACACAGCCCUCUAUGGGUUUGGGAGAAAGUGCUGGGACUGGGGGUGGGUGGGAGAGGUUGUUGGGAUCUCCUGGACUCUCGGGGUUCUCUUCCUGCAGAGGUUUAUGGAGCUGGAGGACGCGAUGGAGCAGGAGCGCAAGGCGCAUGCAGGGGCUGUGAGCCGGCUGGAGGGCCAGAGCCGUGCCCUGGAAGGGAAAGCACGCAGCUACGCAGACCAGGGUGAGAGGGGCGGGUUCCUUUGCAUCCUAUGCCUUUAAAAUCAGAAGUGCUGAAUGUUCUCCCGUGCAGAUUGUUUGAAGAACCUGCGUUUGAUACGGACACUCUAAGAAAUUAUCUCUCUGCCUAGGAGGAAGCCAGUUAGCCAGGCCAGACAAAGUGUGGCCUUGGAAUUCUGUUUCCCCAUCUUCCGGCAGACAGGAUGGCUUCUCCGCCCACCCAUGCCCUUCCCACUGACAGGCAUGCCCUAUCCUGCACCCUCCCAUCUUUUUCCCACUCUCCUUUUUGGAAGUUCUGGCUAAGCUGGUCUAUCGAGUUUGAUGAGAUUGGGGUGUAAGGCAGCGGGGAGCAGAACAAUCUCAUCGUAUAUCUUUUGGGCUCUUUGCAAAAUGGGGCAACUGUUGGUCACAAUUGCGAUUGUUUCCAGUAUAUGUUUAUGUGUGUGCAUACACACAUAUAUGUCUGGCUCUCUUUAGUUUCAGGUUUGUGGGGGGGGGGAAAUACAAUGUGGGACAUGAUGGAGGAUUAUAAAAUUAUACGAGAAGUAGAGAAAAGAGAGGGAGGUGUUAUAUUUUUUCCACUCCCAUAACAUUAGGAUUGGCAAUGCUCCACAUAAACCGCUGGGCAGCAGAUGUAGGGUAGACAGAAGGAAAUACUAUUUCACACAAUGCAUAAUUCAAUCUUGGAACUCCCUGCCGCCAAAUGAGGCUGUAGCCACCAGCCUAGGUGGGUUUUUAAAAAAAAGGAAUUAGACAAAUUCACAGGUAGGGAUAGUACCUGUCAAUACCUGAGUGUCUUAGGCUGCAGUUCUGCACACAGUUAUUUGGGAAUAAAUCCCAUUGAGCUCAGUGGGGCUUGAUUCCAAGUAAACACAUACGGAAUCAGGGCUUGUAGGUGCUUUAGCAAAAGCUGAGACAAAACUAUAUGUGACUUUAGGUGCAUCUUUGACUCUAAUGUGCAGGUUUUAUAAACUGGCAAAUUAUGUCAGUUUCAAUAAUCUCUUAAUUCUUGGAGUCUGAUAAGAUUUGGAGAGCGAAUGUAUCCCUUUCUUUAGAACCACUGAAGGGAAGGGAAUUUCCUGUUCUGAAGCUGAGAUUUGCUGGUGGUGGGAGGCAGGGGAAUUACUCAUUGACACGAACAGAGGACUUCCUCCCCUUGCAAAUACCAGCUUCAAAAGAGAGAUUUUUCUCAGCACUGCAGCAGGCGAGGAAAAGGUUAAAUUCCUUCUCCACAUCUUCUCUACUCAGCAUCACAGGGCAUAUUGCCAUGCUAACACCCAUAAGGUUACACUGUUCUAUUUCUUUGAAAGGGUCUUAGUUAUAAUUACCUCAUGUUGGAUUUUGCCCUCCAACCAGCAGCUCUCAGCUGCUUUGCAGAGUCCGCAACCUAAUUCUGUGACCUGCUAUUAUCUAGACUGGGUUAUAUUUAAUGAUGCUCUUAGAUCCUGACCACAUACCACCCAGGGCUGACUGUUACCACUAGCUCUGAAGAGCUAAUUUAAUAUCCCUUGCCAGUGAUCCACUCCACAACCACCACCAUCACCUUUUUCAGGGCUGCUUCUCUUUUAGCUUAAUUAUGCCCACCUAUUCACAAGUCAUCAUAAAAAAGUUAUGCUCAGUGCUUGUUAAAAAGGUCCCAGCCCAAUAUACACAAUGACAUUUUUUGCAAGCAGACAGGAUUAUUUCCCCCUCAUCCUUUUAAAAAAGGGGGAAAAAAGAAUUGUAUACCCCAUCAAAGUGUAUCUCUAACAAAAUUCUCCAUACCCUCACAAAAUGAAAAUGUGGGUAACAUUGCAUUUAUCGGGACUUAUUUUCUGGUAAGUAUCAGAUUGCAGCUUCAGUGUUCUUUGUGUGAAUCUAAGACAUUAGGAUAUUCUUACCCAUGAGGCUUGAAUCUUUUCUUAUUAUUAUUCAUUUGGCCUAUUUUGCCACUGCAAAGCUUGCAAAUUUGUCUUUAUUUAAAGAUGGCUCUUUCUGGCCCUUUCAUUAGGCAGAGUGAAGAAACUGCCUUGGGCUAUAGAUGCUCAGGAGCAGCUGUGGUUAUUCCUCUUGAGCCUCCAGCCAUUCCCUUCUGUCGCCACAUGGAGUUUCCUGGGCCCCCUAGUCUGUUAUUGAUUCUACUGCCAGUCCAGCUGGCUGCAGUACAUGGAUUUGGGAGGGGGACGCCAUCUUGUCCUUCGCCUCAGGCAGCAAAAUGUCUUGAGCCGGCCCUGCCUCCUCUCUUUCCUGCUUUCGCUGUACACAACACAAAUAGCGCACAAGAUGCAUUUUUAGCACCAUUUUGAAAAUGCCCUUAAGACUAAUGUAAAGCUGGUUUAGGUUUCUUGUCUGUACAUCAAAAUCACACCGCCAUGCCUCCCUGCCCCCCUGCUCUCUCUUCACAGUGGCGGGUCUGGAAGAACAGAAAUCUUCACUCCUAAAGGAGCUUUCAACUCUCAGCCAGAGCCACACAAAGGUACCGUCAGCCUGCAGCUGCCAUCCCUCAUUUGCUCUUUUCUUUUCUCCACUCUUAAGCCAAGCUGGGUCACAAUCUCAUUUUGUCUUCUGCCUUUUACAGAUUGUGCAAAACUACAAGGAAUUGAAAUCGCAAAGGGUGGCGUUGGCUGCUACAAGUCAAGCUGGAUCUCUGACUACAGAAACGAAAAGGUUUGGAAGAGGAAGCUGGCCUGUGGGGUGGCAGCGGGGUUUGUGUGUGUCAGGGGUUCACUUAGGGGCACUGUGCUACCAAUAAUGAUAUUUUUGCCCAAGCUGCUGAGGUUGCGGAGUGUGCUGUAUGGCCAGUUUGCUUUGUACUCCAGCUUAUUCUGUUCCUUACCACAGUGAGCAGCUGUCAAACCACAAACUGUUUUCACUCAUUUCAUGGGGAAAGGUAGAAGUCAUCUAUGGUUACCUAGCAACAGCCAGACCUACUGCAAGUACCACAUCUGGAUUAAGGCAGGAAUGGAUGGGACUCCGACUGGCAAUCCACCAAGGGCUGCGUGUGACAGAAUAGUUAGUUGGGGUGGCACUGGGUUCAAAUCUAAUCUCCCCCUGCCCCAAGGCGAAGAAAGGUUGACAAGGACAAGCUGCUCCAAGGCAAACCUGGUGGAAAUGGGGUGGGGGGUGGGGCCAUGGGCGAGGAAACAUGAACCCUUUCUCCAAUUGUCUUCAGGGGUUUGAUGGGUUUCUUGGAAGAAGAGGGCCUUUUUAGUGGUGGUGCCCCCAUUACAGAAUUCCUUCACUCUUCAGAAAUGUGUGGCUCAAAUAUAGUACCACAUGAUACUUUUUGAAUGUUGGCCAUAGGCCUUGGUGAAACACACGUUUUUGAUUCAGGAAGUACCGGGUUCCGUUCCCGGCAUUUUUAGGUAUGUCAGGGAAGAACAGUCCUGUCUGAGAGCUGCUGCCAGUCAGUGCAGGCACUUCUGAGCAAGGACCAAUGGACUGCUCCGGCUCUGCAAGGCAGCUUCUGAGAUUGCCACGUUUCAAGCUUUUGACAACAAUGGAACUCUACUGGCUAUCUUCCGACAUUUUUUGUAGUGAUUUCUUUUUAAUUUCUGUGUAAUGUUGGUGAUUGGCUUUGGCAGCCACGUUGAGGGCUUUAUUGCCUGUUGAGGCAGGGAAGAAAGGUGAGUAAGAAUCCUUUUGAGAGAAGGAGACGUUGAAGGGGUCGAAGGCAAGAUGCAGGAGGUUACAGGCAUGCCUUUUCCAGGGCAGCCGAUCAGCCAGCCUUGUACAGUAACAAGGAACUAAAAAUAGAUAUUUUUCUCUCCCUCCUCCCCCUGCUCAGGUUGAAGCCCCCACCAAUCCAGGCACCCCCAAAGUUCCUCCCAAGCACCUCGGACCCUGGGUCUCCUGAAUUGCCUCAAUCCCCAGGGGUAAGUGGCUUUGUGUUGUGGGGCUCAAGCCCCUGAACUGUUCCUUGGCCCGUGGCAAACAGCAGCAGCGGUGGACGGGGAGGCUGGAGGGGGGAAGCAGAGGCAUUAAGAGGAGCCAGGAAUGAAUGGCCUUUUAUGUUCUCCCCACCACCACCCGUCUCUUCAGAAGACUGCAGAGUUUCAGGAGCUUCCCAGCACGGAGAAGGCUCCGCAGAGGGACACAGAAAGAAACAAUUUCCCCUUGGCACAAGAAAUGGUGCAGCCGGAACAGGAUGGUAUGAAGGGGGAGCCUCUGUUUUGUCUUGGUGGGGCUAAGCCAGGGAAAAUAACUUGAGGAGGGUAUGGGGGGGCAGUGAGGGGGUGUGAGCGUGGCCAAAGGAAAGCCCUGAGGGCCAAGUGAAGAGGGCUGGUGGGCCAUAUUUGGCCUCUGGGCCUCAGGUUCUCUGCUGCAGCCUAAUGAGUUAGUAGUGUGCCGGUUCUUGAGUUGUGCUAUAUAUUUUGCAUUUUUACUGGGCUUCUGUUCCUUGUAAGCUGUGCCUCUUCCACACCCCUGCCAGAGUCGUUUCCACCACUGCCAACAUUUAGAUUUUAAGCUCUUGUGGGGCAGGGACCUGCCUGACCCUCUUUAUUCUUAUAACAAUAGGAAUUUUCUCCGCAUGCAGACAACAAAAUGCCAGAUAGGUCCUUGCCCAAAGGAGCAAUGCUUUUCUAGAUUAUUUUCAGUAUGGAAAGGACUGUGUAGUGGUUAACAAACACAGGAUAAUAAUCUAGAAAAAAUAAUGUGCUUUGCGUUUGCACCCCACAACCUUCUUCUCUUGUCAGCCUCUCCUACUCUGCAGCGGCGCUUGGACUUGGACGAUCUCCUGAGCUCCACUCCAGAACUGGGACUGGACCAAAAGCAGCCAAGCAGGUAAGAGGGAUGUGUCUACUUAUUAAGCCUCUGAGCAGAAAGCGCAGGUGGGCAGAGCCUGAGUGGUUUGUGCUUGAACAUGGAUGCUCCUUCACUGGAGUGAAGAAACAGCUCGGCUCUUCUUUCCUGUGUCCUCUGACCACAGCAUGCCCACACUGUCCUCUAAUCCUCCAUUGUCCCAUCUAUUCCCUCCCUGCUUCCCCACAGGUGUUUUAAUUUCGGGAGAGUUAGCUCUUCUGGUUAUCCUGCUCACUGCUUUGAAGGGCCACACAUCCCUGAGUUUCCCAGCCAGAUAGCCAACUUCUUUUUCUCCUCACACCCGCAUUUGAAACUGCCGCUUCAAAAGCACCGCAGCCGUAGGAUGGCAAACGAGGCUGAGGAGGACUUCUCUGUGUUCAUUGUCUCUUUAGAAAAAAAAAAGUCCCGCCCCUGGUUUCUGUCUACUGUGACGUCAGAUGUGGGUGGGUGUUGUUGCCAGGUUAGGAGCGGGUGGGUACUCCUGUCUGUCUAUUUGUCUGUCUGUCUGUCUCUCAGCCCCCUGAGUAACACCCUCGAGCGCAACACGGUGUCCCUUUUCGCUGAGGUCUCGGGCCUCAGUCCUGAACUCCUCAGCGAUAUGGAUGGCGGUGCCGAUUUGCAGGGUAGGUAAAACUCCCACCUUCCCCCUCCCUCUGCCUCCUUGUCCUGCUGGGACCUUAUUCCUUUCCUAGAGAACCCAGGAGUCCGAGCUCCCCACCCCACCCCAAUUUUAAUCCAGAAAACCUGCCUCCCAUAGUUCCCCAGCCUAUGGGGAGUUAAGGUUUCUACCUGUGUCCUAGUAGCUCAGCAGUGUCCAUGCUUGACCAUCUUUUCAGGGGAUGCCUUGGAAACCCUGGUGGCAGAAAACACUCAGCUACAGGAGGCACGGUAAGAGCGACCAGCCUAAAGCGAUAACAUUUGUUUGUUUGUUUAUUUUGAUUUAUGAAUCUCCUUUUACGUGUGUGCCAAGGCGCCUUACAAACCAGCUGAAAAUAGUUAUAAAAACAGUACAAAAAUGCUCCCAACAGCUCAAGGUAGGUGUUGGUUUUGUAUUGUUUCUGAAACCUAAGGCAUCCAACUGGAAAAGCUUGCCAAAAGAAAAUGAAAAAAAAAUGCAUUCAUUUGGUUCCAGAAAGUACAGAUAGGGGCAGCUUCUGAUCUCUUCGGAAGUUGAGGGAGAAACUGUCCUACAGAAUGUAGUGACCCUGCUUGAGUGUAUAAGGGAUAAAGCCACCUCUCAAUUCACCUGGUCCUGAACUGUUUAUGGGUCUUUAUAUCUUGAUGGGAGCUGGAGCUUCUUAGAAAGGAAGGUCCUUGUCAAGGGUACUUGGCAGGCAGAGAAAUGGGCCGAGGCCUGGCCUGCUUCUCUCCGCUGGCCCGCCUGCUUUCCCUCUUGGAUCUGGCCCUCCACCUCCUCCUGGGCUGAAGUCUUGCUGUUCCUCAUGGUCCCACCUCUAGAACUGCUCUGGAUACAGCCCGUCGCCAUCUUAUCGCCCGCGUAGAGGAGCUCACCGAAGAGCGCGAGUCGCUACGGGCGGAGCGUGAAGGAACACUGGGGGCCCUGAGCCGCUGCCAAGCCCAGCUGAAGGAGGCUGAGCUGGAACUGAUCAGGUAAGGGUUUGUAAACUGCCUUCCCUGGUGUUUGGCAGCCAUCUUGAUUCCACCACUUGCUGACUGCGCUGGCAAAAAAAGGAGAGGGGCACCUCAAAAUUAGUAGUACACAGGAACAACUCCUCCCCAGCAAAGUCACCAAGGCAAUGCAGACAAAUCCCAAUGUGUUUUGAGUUAGCUAUUCUUUCAGAGGUCACAUGCCUGUCCCACUUAUCCUCACAACAACCUUGUGAGGUAGGUUAGACCGUGUGUGUGUGUGUGUGUGUGAGAGAGAGAGAGAGAGAGAGAGAGAGAGAGAGAGAGAAAGAAUUUAUGGUCCAAUUUCAACCAGUAAGCUUUGUGGCGGGUGUGGAUUUGAUCCUGAUCCUCCCCAGCACUCUGGACAUUUCCGCUCACUCACAGUCUCUGACAAAGAGCAUCAUUUAAAUGAAAUCAUUAUAUGCGAGCCAUUAUGAGAGCCAAAUCCUAAGAGGUGUAUUAUAAAUGCUCUAAGCCAAUACACAGCUAAUGUAGGAAGAUACUGUCCAGUUUUCUUCAGGUUAUGCUAUAUGCUUUAACAGCCUGCGUUGUUUGUAUUCUUAGGAUUAUACUGUAGUGUUUUUAUCCUGAUGCUGUGAAGCAAUGUGUUCCCAAACUUGGGUCUUCAGCUCUUGUUGGACUACAACUCCCACCAUCUCUAGCUCGCAGGCCCAGGGAUGAUGGGAAUUGUAGUUCAAAAACAGCUGAAGAAACACUGCUGUUAAGUAGCUACAGUAAGCUACAAUAAUAAGAGCAGCAUAUCUGACAGCAACAAUAACUAUAGCAAUACUGCUAAUAAUGAUUAAUAAUACUACAGUGGUACCUCGGGUUACAUACGCUUCGGGUUACAUAUGCUUCAGGUUACAGACUCCGCUAACCCAGAAAUAGUGCUUCAGGUUAAGAACUUUGCUUCAGGAUGAGAGCAGAAAUCGGGCUCUGGCAGCGCGGCGGCAGCAGGAGGCCCCAUUAGCUAAAGUGGUGCUUCAGGUUAAGAACAGUUUCAGGUUAAGAACAGACCUCUGGAACAAAUUAAGUACUUAACCCGAGGUACCACUGUGUAAUAAAGGUAGUCUAUGGAUUUGUGUGUUUCUGCCUAAGCACUUCAGACAAACCCAAAUCUUUCUACGCUAGCCUAUUCCUCUGAACAAGUGCAGCUUAGCUCAAGAAGUGAUAGGGCUUUAUUGGAACGACUUAACAAAUCAUUGUGUACCUAUCAGGCGUUGGUUACUGCAGCCUAACCAUUGUUUGGCAUGCAUUAAAAGAAACCCGCGUGUGUGUGUGUUCUGCUGUGCUUGUAUUGAGCUGGUCAGAGGAUAAGGCCAUCAACAACCACUAGCCACAAUGGCUAUGCUCUGCCUCUACUUCUGAAUUCCAGUUUCUGGAAACUGCCAUGUGUGUGUGGAGAUUGCUGUUGUGCUCAGCUUCCCACCCGGUUGGCCACUGCGAGAACAGGAUAUGGGACCAGAUGGGCCAUUAGCCUGAACCGGCAGGCUUUUCCUAUGUUCUUAUGUGUGACCAACAACAUGAGCAUUUAUUAGAAGGGAAGAUGGAAUCCACUUUCCCUGAGACACUGGCCUACAAUUAAUUAUUUUAAAAAAUAAAUGAGUGUGCCCAAAUUCCAGUCGUUCGUCUUUCUCUUUCCAGGAUACGGCAGGAGUUUCAGGAAUCAAGACGUUCUAGUGAGGAUGGGGAGGUAACCAGAGCAUCUUCUGCAGAGCACCCUCCGCAAGGAUGUUGUGACAGGCCGGAGGCGGCCAGCUUUCCCUUGAAGGCUGAGGGAUGGGGGUGCGGACUAGACCGGGCUGUAACUAGACAGGGUUGGGGUGGGCGGUCAGGAUUCUGGGAGUGGCAUUUGUGUGCGUUUGAGGCAGAAUCUGCCCUCUUCCUCAGCAGGCUGAAGGAGGCCUGUCCCGGCCUCAGCGGUUCACCCGGGCCGAGAUGGCUCGUGUGGUGAUGGAGCGCAACCUCUAUAAGGAGCGGCUGAUGGAGCUGCAGGAAGCUGUUCGGCGCACGGAGCUGCUAAGGUCAGUGGCGCCGAGGUUUAUGGCUUGGGGCUGGGGGGGGGGGAGGCAGAUGGGUCUGUGACCCCAUAACCUAAGUUAUGACUCUUUUUGACAAGCCGCCCUCUACCUCAACUUGACGUGAGGUUGGGUUUUUCCCGCUGAAUUGUCUGAAAGCAGCUCAGUGACUGUGACCCUUGUUGGAGCUUGCCAUGUGGCACCAGGGGCAUGAUGGGAAAUCGAAAUCCCUCCCCCAACCCUCCUUGCUUCGCUCUAGCAGCAGAGCAGCUAGAGGCUUCUUUUCCUUUCUGGCGAUCCUUCCCAAACAGCACCCCAAGUGCCAGGGAGUUCGGACUGGAGAAGAAGGGAGAGGACUCUCUCCCUGCUGCCAGUGCAGCAGUAAGGAAGGGAAUUAGUACUUCUGAGGGGUCCCCUUAAUGUUGGAGGUGAGCAGUGGCUAUUUUUCUAGAAAAAGAGGUGCCGGAACUCACCGUGAACGCCUGCCUUGUUCUCUUAGAAUGGCAAUGGCACCCACCUGAGAGGUGCCAGAACUCAGUUCCUGUGAGUUCCAGCUUUUAAAAAAAGCCCUGGAGGUGAGAAGGACGAGUCACGGAGGCUUGUGUUGUGAGGCAGGGAAUUAGGAGACUCAGCAGCAUCACGAAUGACACCAUAUUAUCCAUUAAGUCCCACCCCACUACUGCUAGUAGAAUCUUUUCCCUCUCGGGAGAAACCAGCAACUGCAGGCAACCUGCUCAUUCCAUUCCCUAGGAACCAGGAAUGGGGAAUCUGUGUCCCUCCAUAUGUUGUUGAACUCCAGCUCCCAUCAGCCCCAAGCUCAGAGAUGAUGGGAGCUGUGAUCCAUCGGUGUUCAGAGGGCCAGAGGUUCCUUAUCCCAAUCCUUGAAGCUGCUCAGGGCAGUCAAUCACUCUGUGGCUGCCCAGCCAAUAAUUAUUUUCCCAUAGUACAAACUGGGCGGGAGGGAAGCAGGUCAGAAUGGAAGCCAGGAGAGAAUUGGCUUAUAGAAAUACACUCUGAAGAGGUGAGAUUUAAACGGGGGAUUAUAGACUCAUAACACAAGUUUGUCACUCAGACAAGAGGAGGCAAAUGGCUCUUAGGUGUAGCAAGUGAAGGGCUGCCCUGAGUAUUAACAGAGGAUCAGGGAGCCAGUCGUGCAAAUGGUUUGGGUUGCCUGUUUCCCCUUUUUCCAGCCUCGAACUAAUGGCUAAUGGAGGGAGUCACGGCAUGGUGGCAGCCUUAAAGCAAUUGUUUCUCUCUUCUCAGGGCUUCGCGGGAGGAACAAGCUGUUCAGAUGAAAAAAUCCUCUUUCUGGAAAAUGUAGGUGCCGUCUAAGAUCUGCCCCUGAAGCUGUAGCUGUGCACACUCUGCCUUGACAUACUCUGCUUUGACAUUUGAUAUUGGGCAUACAACUUUGCAUCCUGAGAAAUUUCUUUCUCCCUUAGCAAGACGUUAUGGCUGCAUGGAUUAGUUUGAAAGCGUGCAAGGGAGCAAUGCCUAGUGAAGGCUACUAGUUUGCAGAUGCUGGGCAUAAUGGCUGUGUUCUGUCUCCAUUGUCAGAGGCAGUUGCUGUGAAUCACUAGUGGGGAGAGUGGCAGUUGCACUUAACUCCUGCUUGCAGGCUUCCCAUAGACACCCAAUUGGCCAUUGUGAGAAUAGGAUGCUGAACUAGAUGCGCCACUGACCUGAUCCAUCAGAGCUCUCCUUAUGUCCUUGUGAGAGAACCUUCCUUGCCAUUCAUAACAAUGGCCCUGCCUUGGACCAAAGUCAAACAGAACUCUGCAAGCAAACAAUCCGUGGGCUCCUUUUAGUCUGGUUCCGACAGAUCACAGUUCCAUCAUUCUUGGUGCAAAACCCCCUUUUCUUUCUGUUGAAUUUUGAUUUACUUUUCAAAACCGAGUACUGACAGUGCCCCCUGCCAUUCCCUCCUCAUUUCCCCUGAACGCAUUGUAUUUUCCUCCUGCAGUUUCGAUCGCUUAUUUAGCCCCUCGGACUCCCCAGAGAGGGCUCCUGCAUCCCCGCUGCCACCCGGGAGGGCCCGGUCCAGCCCCAGCGGCCGCAAUGAAUUGGGAAGGAAUGGGGGGCAGCUGUCUCCAGCCUUGAGAUACAUCCCACGAGCUACCUCGCCCAACGAGUAAGUUGUGUGGCAGUAGCUUGGCAGGGGGAGAGGUAGGAGCCAGAGAGUGCAUAAGCUGAUUUUGCAAUCCCAUCAUCGGCACCUCUUGGGAACCUGUUGCUCCCUUUAUAUGGGGUUGGGCUGCUAGUGGAUCCAUCUAGUCCGGCACAGGCUGACAUCAGCUCCCUGAUGCCAGGUUAGACCAUUGGUUUGUCCAGCUCAGUAUUGUCUCCUCCAGGCAUGGUAAAAUAUACUUGGAGUCCGGUAGUGAUUUCAUGCUCUUUAUUGCAGCUUGUAAAAUAGUGAUUGAAUUGCCGCCCCCCCCCCCCAACCUCAGGCUUUUAUAUACAUUAUUUACACAAUGAGUCCCGUCUGAUUGCCUGAUUCUGCUUCCCUCCUGGAGCCUGAUUGGUCUUUUCCUACAGACCAAUCAGUUGUUGCAUUCUAGGAUCCUACUUCCCUAUUGCUCUAGGAUCCCAGCUUAGUACAUAACACAUGGGGAACCCUUUGGCCCUCCAGAUGUUGCCAAACUACAGCAAUCAUCACCCCUGGCCAUUGGCCAUACAUACAGGGCCUGAUGGGAGUUGUAGUUCAGCAGCAUCUGGAGGGCCAAUGGGUUCCCAUGCCUGGUCUACUCUGACUGGCAACAACCCUCCAGUGUCUUGGGCAGAGAUGUUGCCCGACCCCAAGACCUUAGAUCCCUUUUAUUAACUGGAGACGCCCUGGCUUGAACCCUGGAGCCUUCUGCUUUCAGAGUGUGCCUUGUGGGCUCACUCUACAUAAAAUGAAGAGGCUUUAUACGGAGUCUGCUAACUGGAUCCAUCUAGCCCAUCAGAGGCCGACAGCAGCUCUUCAGGGUCUCUGGCAAAAGUCCGCCUUGGGCAACAAUUGCAUGCAGGCCCAUCUGGGUAAAUCCAGCUGAAACCUGAGCAUUUCCCCUGGUUGCAACUGGACGCAGGGUUGUCACUGGAAGCUCUCUGCUGCCCCCUACUAUAUCUGGCUUUUAUAUCCGCAGAGCUGACGCCUCCCCUCAGCAGAAGCGGAGAGAGCUGUACCGUGAGAUCCGCUCCCACAUCUGGCAGGAGCAUGGUCGGGCGCAGAUCCAUGGGUGGAGCCAGCCGCCUGCGCUCCAGGUGAGCAUUCUAGCAGGGGCAGCAAGGUAUCUGACCCUAUGGAAAUCCCAUGCCAAGGGCUAGGUCCUCAAGUACUGUCUUUUCAAAGCAGGUCAGGAAAAAGGUAAAUGCAGCAUUGUGUGUGUGUGUGUGUGUGUGUGUGUGUGUGUGUGUGUUUUAUCAUACCAGACAGUGUGCAACAAUUUCCCCACAUUUGACAAUGGAAUGAUUGUCUAAAAUUAAUAAAUAACAAUUGCCAUCAGCAUUGGCAUCCUGCCGGCUCCUGAAGACACACCUAUUUGGGCAAGCAUUUCCCAAAACUGAACUCCUGAUGUUAUUGCUUGAACUGUUUUUUCAUUGUUAGACUUUCGAUUGUUCAUUUGUUUUUAUUGUAUAUUUUUUAUUAAGGAUGUUUUACUGCCCCCAAUGGAUCUGUUGUUGGGUAUUUCGAUUCACACACUGAUUUUCAUAGUUGUGAACUGCUUAGAAACCGUUUUUGGCAUAUAACAAAUAAACAAAUUCCAUCUAGGAAAUGGGGUCCACUGAAUUCGACCCUAUUGAGUCACCCAACAAUGUGGUGCUUUAGACUAUACAUUUGCCUUGUUCUAUCCCAGUCAUGGGAUCUGACCUUAGUUUUGAACUGGCCACUCUUGCAGUGAGUCUCCACACAUUAAAAUCCAGCCACCUUUUCUCUGCAGGGCUCUGACCCCCUUUCAGGGGCUGCCGACGUACCUGUGCUCGCACAAUUACGGAUGCUGGACCAGAAGGACCCCAAUACAAAGGUAACAAAGCAGUGGGUUUCCAAAUGCUGAAUAGCUAGGGAUGUUUCCCCCCCCCCGAGUUAUUAUUAUUACUAUUAUUGCUUUUCUAUCCCAUCUUUCUUCCAAGAAGCGCAAGGUGACAUACAUGCUUCUCCACCUGCCCCUAUUUUAUCCUUACAACAACCCUGUGAGGUAGCUUAUGGCUGAGGGACCGUGACUGGCCCAAGGUCACCCAGUGGAUUUCAUGUGGUUGAGUGGGGAUUUGAGCCCUGGUCUCCCAGUGGCACUCUAACCACUGCACCACUGAAUUGAAAUCUGCGGCCACUCUAGGAAAAUGGUGCGGUUUUCCUGCUGUAAAGUGCUAAAAAGGGUUAGUUUGAGUAGGUGUUGGCUGAGUUCAGAGCAGGGACUCGUCCAGAGAGGUAGCAAGCAGCCUCCUCUGAGGAUAGGCCACUCAGCUGCAUGUCUGCUUUGGGAGUGAUUCACGUGAUCCAUUGGCGUUGGCAUCAGCUGAGUUAUCAGGCCCUCUGAAGGGUGAGUGGAAGGAGACCAAACCCUGCAGAGACUCUGGGCAGUUCCUGCAGUGGCAGGCUCAGAAAAAGCUUAAGGCUUAUUAAAGUGGCACAUUUGCAGUUCCUGUGGCAAAGGUUUCUGGCUGCAAUUGGGAAGGGUGGGGUGUCAUUCUUGUAUGGAAAGCGACUCCUUUUACCAGGGGGCCAGCAGAUCUCAAUGUCGUGCCUGCCUCUCUCUCAUUGUAGCUCUGGUGUGCUGCAGCAUCAGUUGGCACUGAGACUCAAGAAGAAGCAGAAACCGUAAGUAUCACCAUCACCAUCAUCAUCUCCAUCAUCAUUAUUGGUUUUACUCUUGCUUCAGAAUUCUCACUUAAGGUUCCCUUUUCAGGGUUGGUUUUUUUUGUGUGUUUUUUUUGGUGUGUUGUUUUGGUGUGUGUGAAGUGAAAACUGCUCAUUUAGGCUGACCUUCAGUUCAGAGAGAGGGACGUGGGUGACACUGUGGUCUAAACCACUGAGCCUCUUGGGCUUGCACAUCAGAAGGUCGGUGGUUCGAAUCCCUGUGACAGAGUGAGCUCCCGUUGCUCAGUCCCAGCUCCUGCCAACCUAGCAGUUCGAAAGCAUACCAGUGCAAGUAGAUAAAUAGUUACCGCUCCGGCAGGAAGUUAAAUGGCGUUUCCAUGCUCUGGUUUCGGUGCUCUUUUGCGCCAGAAGUGGCUUAGUCGUGCUGGCCACAUGACCCAGAAAAACUGUCUGCGGACAGACACCAGCUCCCUCGGCCUGUAAAGCGAGAUGAGCGCCACAACCCCAGAGUCAUCUGCAACUGGACUUUACCUUUUUCCUUUUUUCAGUUCAGAGAGAUGUUUGUCUCCUGCAGCAAGAGUCUUUUAGCACUUUAAAGACUAACAAAUUUAUUAUGAGAUGAGCUUUUGUGGACUCGAGGCGUCUUCAUCAGAUGUGUUAAGUGGCAAGUAUAUAGAUUGCCAUUCAAGAAUUACAGUCGGUGAUCAUUGGAGCUUAAAUAUAUACUAAAUCGGCACAUUGUUAUAGCAGCAAGUUGAUGAUAAUGGGCUGGGAUUAUUGCAUUAAUGCAUUUAGAGGGGCAGGGAACCGUUAGCAAGAAAGAAGUAGUGACUAGAACAGAUAUCCAGCACUGGUAACACAUGAGAAAAGAUGUAUAUCCCCUUCAAUAAGUUAGUGGUUUUUCCUCUGACUUUUCUCAGCAUUUUGUUUUUGUUCUGAUGCUGCAUUCAAUUUAUUUCAUGUUUUUAUUGUUGUUAUAAUCAUGCACACAUAAAAUUGUAAGACACUUCAGCGGCUUGUUUUGUUCUGUCUUUGUAAUUUAUAUACAGUGGUACCUCAGGUUAAGUACUUAAUUCGUUCCAGAGGUCUGUACUUAACCUGAAACUGUUCUUAACCUGAAGAUCACUUUAGCUAAUGGGGCCUCCUCCUGCUGCUGCGCCGCCGGAGCACGAUUUCUGUUCUCAUGCUGAAGCAAAGUUCCUAACCUGAAGCACUAUUUCUGGGUUAGCGGAGUCUGUAACCUGAAGCGUACGUAACCUGAAGUGUAUGUAACCUGAGGUACCACUGUAUUGGCAAACAAGACAUGGUUGCAGUUUGGGGUUCUUAACUCAGCCGUUCUAUGGUGCCCCUUCAGAUUUAAGACCAGAAACAUUCCUUGCCCACCCACAUGCUUAACCUGCUGCUGUGCAUGGAGAACUUGAACACAGGAUGGGAGGGGGGCGGGGAGGAAGGAGACACACUUCCCCAGGUUGUGUAAAUGUCCUUGCCUGGCUGCCUGGAAAGCCUAGGCAUGUGUGUGCUUGUCAACUGAAGUGACAAAACAGGUACAAAGACUGAAGUUUAGGGAUUGUCAAGGGCGUGUGUGUGUGUGCGCACGCGCCCAUCAGCAUAAAAGGGAGGGAGGCUGGUCAACGCCCACAAUGUCUUGCUGAUCCCUCCACUUCUUUCUCUUCCAGGGCACCUCUCAUCACUGCUCUCGGCUGUGGGUGGCCUCAGGGACCCACUCUGCAAGCGAAGUGACUCUAUUUGAUGCCCAGAACCCAAACCAGCUCCUGGAACAUUUCGUGCUGCCUGGAGUUCACGUCCUCUCCAUCGCAUGCGUGCCUGGUCAGUGCAAGGAAGGAGAAUCUAUCAUUUUAUACUGUCUCUUAAUACACACACAUGCACACUUGGGCCCUUAGACUGAUUGGCUUGUUCUUUAGUCCUGUGCUUUGGUUCUGCCUUUUGGUCCUCACUGCUGUCUUGUCUCAUGGCUCCUGAUACCCUCACAACCCAGCCCUGGCAAUGACUCUUGUCUCUCCUGCUGCUCCUACACGUGGAGCUCCCUCCUUGAGAUUUGCACCUGGUGCCACCUCUCUUUUUUCCUUCUACCGCAUCUCAAAACACACCUUUUCCACUUGGCCCUUGACUUUAUCCUAUUAACCCUUAUUCCUAGCUGUAGCCAAGCCUCAAGUACACAAAACUUUACCAACUUUACAUAUUUUAGACUGCAAGCACCAUAGAUUUUGGACUGAAGUUUUGUGUCUAUGUGCAGCUAGAUAAAGAUUUCACCUGCUGUGCCAAAAAGGUUCUCCCCAGCCCUGCCUUGUAGGAUUCCUAAGCAGGGACUCCAGCUGUUUCUGUGCUCCCUGAGGAAGGCCGCUUUGCCUUCUCCGUUCUUCCUCCAUAGGCCUCGCUGUGCCUGGUGGCGAGAGUCCCGAGCGAGAGCCAGAGAUCCUCGAAGACCCCCUGGCGCCCGGAUCCGACAGCGAGGAUGAAGUGCUGGAGAUGGAGGCGGUUGGCACAGAGCCCACCGUGUGGUUUGGCACCCAGGAGGGCUGGUAAUUGACACCCAGCAAGGUUGAAGGGAGAAAAAAUGGGAGGUGGGGGUAAACCCCCGUUCCUGAAUGGAUUGCCAUUGUUGAGCUUCUCUGGCCAACCUCUGCCUCUUCCUGCUCCCACCAACUCCAACCACCAGGAACAGCAUCCUGCCCUUUGACUGCUGCUGCCACCAUCGCUUCGGCUGCCAUAUUUGACAAUCCCAUGGGCUUCCACCAGGUUUAUUUACACUGAGGGUGCCCAGCAUCCUCAGGAGAUGCAACAGUUGGAACUGAAAUGCUGGUGGCUGAUGAGAGCAGUUAAUAAUAAUAAUAAAUAAUAAUAAUAAUAAUAAUAAUAAUAAUAAUAAUAAUAAUUUAUUUGUACCCUGCCCAUCUGGCUGGGUUUCCCCAGCCACUCUGGGCAGCUUCCAACAAAGAUUAAAAAUAGCGCAAAAUGUCACACUUCAAAAACUUCCCUGAACAGGGCUGCCUUCAGAUGUUUUCUAAAUGUCAGGUAGUUGUUGUUCUCUUUGACAUCUGAUGGGAGGGCGUUCCACAGGGCAGGCACCACUACCAAGAAGGCCCUCUGCCUGGUUCCCUGUAGCUUUGCUUCUCGCAGUGAGGGAACCGCCAGAAGGCCCUCGACGCUGGACCUCAGUGUCCGGGCAGAAGGAUGGGGGUGGAGACGCUCCUUAGGUAUACUGGACCAAGGCCGUUUAGGGCCUUAAAGGUCAACACCAACACUUUGAAUUGUGCUCGGAAACGUACUGGGAGACACUGUAGGUCUUUCAAGGGAGGGAUGGGGGAGCAGGCCUGGAGCUGUGCUGGGGGUUGGGCUGGUCAUCAGGAGGACUCAGGGGGUGUCACCUUUGGAGGCUGACCGCAUCUCCCCCCCCCUCCCGUAGCAUCUAUAUUCACUCCGCCAAGACUGAUUGGCGCCGCUGCCAGGGCAAAGUGCAGCUGAAGGAUGCCGUCCACUGUAUUGUGUGAGUAUGUGGACUUCCAUCACCCUCUCUGAAUGCUGUGGAGCCCCACUGCCUGCCCCUCGUGGAUGUCGCCUGCCUUCCCAUGCUGGUGCUGGUGCGACUUUCCUUAGUUUUAGGCCCCCAUCUACACUAAAGCAAUGUCACAUCGUUGUAAGCAGCCAUAGUUUCCCCCCUAAGCUUAAGGGUGCUGAGAGGAAGCUAAAGUUCCCAGAGUUCCCCGGGAAGAGGGACUGACAGUUCAACCACUCUGGGAACUGUGAAGGAUCUGUGAGGGGAAUAGGCCGUCUCCUAACAACUCUCAGCAUCCUCAGCAAGCUACACUUCCCAAGAUUCUCUGGGGGAAGCUAUGUCUGUUUAAAGCGGUAUGAUACAGUGCAGUGCAGAUGAGGCCUUACUCUGCUGUUUUUGUCUCAGCCACACCCAGGGCCGUGUAGCAGCUGCUCUAGGGGACGGAUCUCUGGCCAUUUUCCACCGAGACACAGGUACGUCCUGCUCCUUUCAUUCCUCCCUGCCCUGCCCUGCCUUCCCCACAGCUCAGGUCCUCGGUUUCACUUAAUCCCUGUCUUCCUCAGUCCGGAACUGGGACCUGCGCUCCCCACGCCUGCUUGACUUGGGGCGGCCACGGCGCUCCAUUCGUUGUGCCAUCCCUGUGCUUGACCGGUUGUGGUGUGGAUAUGGGAACAGAGUCUACGUGCUGGAUCCUCGCACUGCUCGCAUCCAGGUGAGUGUGCCCCUAAUUGCAGCUUGAGGCGGUGGCUGAAACCCACAGAGACUUGCAUGGCUGGUUUUAUGGUGUAAAAACGGUAGUUCGAAAUGGCCAGGAUCAUUCUGUGUAUCAGUGUUAGAACAGUAUUGCUACAAGAACUAGCCGGUGAAUUCAUUUUGGCUGUUCUCUCUUUUUUUAUUAUUAAUGUUUUUAUUGGGUUUUAGGACAAAUGCAAGAAGCAAAAGCAUAUAAACUCUACAGAGUGGAAAAAAAGAAACUGAACAAAGAAUUGAAACAUAAGACAGAUAAAACUGUGAAAUUAAUUGGAACAAGCCUGUCAGGCAAAAGUACCAGUGCAUUACAAAAUCUGGAAUUUUGGCCAUUCCUAUUGAAAUGGGCGCGGGUGGCGCUGUGGGUAAAACCUCAGUGCCUAGGACUUGCCGAUCGUAUGGUCGGCGGUUCAAAUCCCCGCGGCGGGGUGAGCUCCCGUCUUUCGGUCCCAACUCCUGCCCACCUAGCAGUUCGAAAGCACCCCUAAGUGCAAGUAGAUAAAUAGGUACCGCUUUAUAGCGGGAAGGUAAACGGCGUUUCCGUGUGCUGCGCUGGUGCCAGCUCACCAGAGCAGCUUUGUCACGCUGGCCACAUGACCCGGAAGUGUCUGCAGACGGCGCUGGCUCCCGACCUCUUAAGUGAGAUGAGCGCACAACCCUAGAGUCGGACACGACUGGCCCGCACAGGCAGGGGUACCUUUACCUUUACCUUUAUUGAAAUGGGUAGAUCCCGAGGAACAACUGCUAGCUGGCACAACUUGGAGAAGUGUUGAGAUCCAAAAUCUAGAUGUCAAUGUUGUGGAUGUGGGUCUGGGGUCGGGGUCUUGAAUCCAGGCUGCCUGUUGCAACCCACUUUCUCUUCCUCCCCCCAGAGGUACUUUGAGGUGACUUCACACCCUGAAAGCCAGGUGCGGCACAUGGCAGCCGCCGGCAACGGCAUCUGGGUCUCGGUUCGCCUGGAGUCCACCCUGCGCCUCCUCCAUGCCGAGACUGGCCAGCCGCUGCAGGAGGUGGAGCUGGGGCCCUGCGUCAGCCGCAUGCUUGGUGAGUGUCAACGGCCACCAUGACUUGGGGGCUUUGGGCGGGACUCUGAGCAGAAUGCAGGGACACUGCAGCAUCCGGGAAGGAGUUGGCAAGGCAAAGCUGUUGGAUUAGCCACAAACAAGCCUUGGCAGAGGAGAGCCAAGAAGCAGACUGCAGGGAGAACGUCCAGGACAGGAGGGUUUUAUGAGGGCAGGAAGCUUUUAAUAGAAGGCUCUCAGGCCUGAGAGGGGCAUCCUGCUGCUUCCUCCUGUGCAUCAGUAUCUGGGCUGGGUCAUGGGCAGUAGUCCGAGGUGAGUCAGGAGCUGGGAACCAGCCAUUAGUCCCAAGCGGGACCAAAGAGGAAGGCUGUGUCUAUUUUAUGAUUUACUCCGGUUCCAGUGCACUCCCACCACAGUAGUCGUGUGCAAGUGACAAAAGCAAGCCAGAAAUCAGCGCCAAAGAAUAACCAAGGAUACAGAAACAGGCCAGAGUGCAGGCAGACCUUGGAACAGGAAGGCCUCACAUGCUUCUUCCUGCCUGGGAGGAGCCAAUGGCCAGCCCUGGGCUUUGGGGGUGCCUCACUGUGAAGCUGCCACUUGCAGUUCAAUGGCUCACCAAAUGGGGCAGCUGGGCUCUCCUUCAUGGGAGAUCAGAUGGCCAUCUGCUUUAGUUGAGAUGCCUCCAUUGCAGAGGGUUGGACUAGAUGACUAGGAUCCAGGUACCCUAGUUUUGGAAUCUCCUGCCUGUUUAAUGGAAAAUUCCUCCUUUUUUUUCCUCCUCACUCUCCAGGGCCGAACAGUCUUAGUUUAGCCAUGAACAUCUCAGCACUUGGCGCUUUUGGGAAACGGCUGUGGGUUGGCACCUCUGGUGGCACCAUCAUUUCCCUGCCCUUCAUCUCAGGUGAGCACCUGUGUGUGUGUGAGAGAGAGAGAGAGGGAGAGGGAGAGCGAGUGCAGCUGCAAGUGUAUACAUAGCAGAGUUCCCUGGUGGCUAUUUCUGUGAAUUUUCUCUCUUGCUUUCUCAUAGAAUUUGCUGGGAGCUCGGAAACGUCUUCUCCCACUGGCAUCCCUUACUGUGCUCUGGAGCAAGCCCAGAUCAGCUACCACGCGCACCGCGAUGCUGUUCGCUUCUUUGUCUCAGUCCCAGGUAACCAGCACGGAGGAAUCGAUGCCCAUUCCUUGGUUCUUCGGGGGAAACAGAAUUCAGUGGCUUAAAAGAACUUAAGAGCAUGGAAUCCAAAGCUGCUGCUGCUGCUACCAUUCUUUAGAUAAUGCCAAAGAUGUGCAGUUAAUAGAGUACUAGAGGACAGGUCCUCGCCCCGAGGAACUUACAGUAGUCCAAAUGGGAUGUUACUGGAGCAAGAAUCACUGUAGCCAGACUAUCGCUGUCCACAAGAGGAGAAUGGUGGAUAUAUAAAUGCAAACUUCAGCUCUGUCUGUUCUUUGCUUACUUUAGGGUGUAUGAACCCAUCCUCUUCUGAGAGCACCAAGGAAUCGCACGGCCAAGAGGCACCAAGCAAACCUUGCAGCUUGGUGCUAAGUGGAGGGGAGGGGUAUAUCAACUUCCGGAUAGGUAAGCAUCUUACUUUACAGGUGUGAGGGAAUGACGUGGGUACGGGAUAUAGGCAUCCUGCCCCAUUAUCCCAGCACCAGGUACAAUGUCUUCUUGACUCCUUUUGGCCCUCUGUUUUUUUCCUCCUUACCCAGGCGAUGACACUGACGACCGCUACGGCGACCUGCUCCUCCCGAACCCACGCUUACGCCGAGCCGAGCGAAGCCACCUCAUUGUCUGGCAGGUGCAGGCCUGAGGCUCUGGUGAUGGGCACUGUCACUACUUCAGGGUGGUGUGGCACAGCUCCAGCCUAGGAGGGAAUUGCACUGUGGACAGAUAAGACGCUGGUGGUUGUGGGCUUCCCAUCUCACUCUCCUGCCCUCUUUCCCCACGUGUUUAACCCUCUGGUGUCUGAGGGUUGGGGCAAUGACUUUUUGCAAUGUUCUCAGCCCGAGGAUUGUAGCAGAAGCCAUCUGGAUGCCAGGAUCUGUUUUUUGUGAAUCUGCACGUUGAGGGGAUCUGCAACGGGUGGUUCCUUACCCCCAACCCCUUUCUAAAGAAGCACUUCCACUGCUAAGGAACUGGAGCACUGUGCUGCUUUGCAGUAAGUCAACCUGCUCUGAUACGGACUACACCCCUGUCGAAUCCUGCUAUGUUCAUGCCUCCCUGGGUUAUACAGCACCAGCAACUUCCCUCUUAGUGGCCAGAUGGUUGGGAGCCAGAAUGCAGCUAUCUGGGUCAUGUAGAAGGGAAGAGGCCUCUGUUCCAGUUGGGAAUGAAGGAAGCAGAUCUGGUGAGUUAGAGCACACAAGGCCAAGAACCAGGACUCCUAGGUUUAUCUGGAAAAGGAGCAGCAUCCAAGCGCAUUGGAGCUACAACCACCACCACCACCAUCCCGUCCUCCUUUCACGUGUGAUUCUUUGAUGCACUUUUGAUUCUACGGGUUGAGACAUGAGGAGAAGACAUGGAAAAUCUUGAACUACAGGCAUGGAUUUGUUGAAGGCUGUGAGGCAGCACUACUCAGAGAGGCCUGAAGGGGGAGCCCUCUCCCUGCUGUGCUGCCUUUGAUCUGGAAGCGGAAUAUUGAUUGAAUUGGUUCCCGGUGCUAUUGAGCUGAUCAGAUCCUGGCUGCAGUUUUGGAGUGAUGCUAGGGCCGGCCGGGACACACAACUCACUGUUAAGUUUCUCAGGGUUGCUGUUCCUUGUUUGUUUGUCUCACCCAAGGGUGAGGGUCUCCGGCGGCCUCUCAGGGUCUAUUUCUGUGGGUUGGUUUCUAAUAAAGCUUUAAUUAUUAUUAUUACUAUCAUCAUCGUCAUUGUCAUCAGGUCAUCCUCUUGUUUGCACAUGAACUGGAUUUAUUGUUGGCUUCUCCCACCACAAGUUCCCCAUCUGUUGUAAAAGACGUCCUACUCUCUCACACACCUUUUUGUGUGUGUAUCUGCUCCUUUCUCAAUAGAUGUUCAGACAUUACUAAAAUGAGGGCUUUCCUUCCUAUGGGAUGACCAGAAACACAACUCACAUAGUAGAACCGGCAAGGGGCAUGGACAUCGACACUGAUAAAACCAGCACGCCUUUUAGCAGGCGAGUCCUACAGAGAAAUGGGAGGGUUGUGAUAAUCACAACUACCGCCAUUAAGCACCGACAAGGCCUCAAAGUGCAUCACUGACUGGAGGAGUUUUCAAAAACUGGAUGUGCUCACUGCGGGGGCUGUCCUCACUGCUGCUCUUUUCCACUGGGGAAAACCAUUCUUUCAUGCUUAGUCGAAGCAAACGAGUUUUCAGCUACAGUUCCCGUGAUUCUUUGGGGGAGACGUCGCGGGCUUUAAAUGUGCACUGGGUGUGCUUUAAAUGUGUGGUGUGGAUCUCACACUAGAGAGGGAGCGGAACUUUUCCUUGUCCACUUUCUGCACAUAAUUUUAUACACUUCUACGGUGCUGCCUUCUGUCAGGCUGCUAAAGGGAUAGAGCAGGAUGCACAACUAUCACACUCUCGCUCCACUACAUUUUGAUCCCAUGGGCGUAGCCAAGGGGGAAGGCGGGGAGCAUCUGCC